GGCAUGGGUUGGAACAAGGAGGUUCAUGAUGCUGCAAGAAAACAAAUUUGCAAGUUUUGGUACUUUUGCAACAUUCCAUUUAUUGCAGCCAGGUCUCCUUAUUGGCAAGGCAUGGUAGAUUCCAUAACCAUUUGUGGUGCGGGGUUUAAAGCCCCUACCGAUGCUGAGUUAAGUGGCCCCCUCUUGUUACAAAUGGUUGAGGCUAUGAAAGUUGAGCUAGAGGACCACCGACAGUCUUGGAGCCAAAAGGGUUGCACCAUCAUGACAGAUGGUUGGACGGAUAGGAGGAAUAGAACACUCCUAAAUUUUCUUGUUUCCUGCGGAGGAUCCACCAUGUUCUUGAAAUCUAUUGAUGCUUCCUCACAUGUGAAAAAUGCCACAUACUUAUGUGAGGCUAUUGAGGAAGUCAUACAAGAGGUGGGGGAAGAAAAUGUGGUGCAGGUGGUGACAGAUAAUGCAGCAAGUUAUGUUGCUGCAGGUAAACUUUUGAUGGAGAGGCACCCGAAAAUUUUUUGGUCUCCUUGUGCGGCCCAUUGCCUUGACAUCAUGUUGGAGGAUAUUGGUAAGCUUGAAUGGGUGAAAUCAAUAGUUGAAAGGGCCAAAAAUAUCAGCAAGUUUAUCUACAAUCAUGCAUUGGUCCUUAGCAUUAUGAGGCAAUACACGGGGCAAAAGGAGUUGGCUCGUCCUGGUAUCACGAGGUUUGCCUCAAACUUCCUCACACUGAAAUCCUUGAUAAAAUCAAAGGUGGCUUUGAGGCGUAUGUUUGUUGGUGAGGAGUGGACUUCCUCAUCCUAUGCUACGACCACUGCAGGGAUAGAUGUGGUAAAUUGCAUUUUUGAUGAGCCAGGUUUUUGGACCCCCUGUGGAGAAACCGUGCAGGUCACUGAGCCCCUCGUAGUUCUCCUACGAGUUGUUGAUGGGGAGAAGCCCUCUAUGGGCUAUAUAUAUGAGGGUAUGGAUAGAGCCAAGGAGGCCAUUAGGUCCAUAUAUGCAGGAGAUGAGGAUAAGUAUGGCCCCAUUUGGGAGAUUAUUGAUAGGAGAUGGCAGAACCAGCUUCACAGGCCCAUCCAUGCAGCAGCCUAUUACCUCAAUCUGGCAUUUCGAUUCCGUGAUGACUUCAAGGCAGAUGAGGAGGUUCUUAGUGGCCUGAAUACAGUGGUUCAAAAGUUGUGUACUGAUGGCACAGCCUCAAGUACAACGCUCCAGCUGGAUAAAUAUAAUAAUCGAGAAGGGGCAAUCUUCGCAAGCAGCAUGUGCAUAGAGGCUCGAACACAAUUGCAGCCAGAUAGAUGGUGGCAAAUGUUUGGGCCCUCAACCCCAAACCUUCAAAAAAUUGCCAUCCGUAUUUUGAGCCAGCCAUGCAGCGCUUCUGGAUGUGAGCGCAAUUGGUCCAUGUUCGAGCACAUCCACCCGAAGAGGCGUAAUAGAUUGUCUGUGGAGAGGUUGAAUGAUCUUGUUUUUGUUCAUUACAACCUCCGUCUUAGGACCAGACAAAUUUUGGACACUGACUCCUCUCCGAUCACUUUAGCGGAGAUCGAUCCAGAGUCUGAGUGGAUCACUGAGUCUACCGAUCCCGUCUUCACUGUGGAGGACCAUGAGUGGGUUGACCAGGCAGACAGAGAGGCUGAGGCUGUGGCUAUGGCAGAGGAGGAGGAUAGAGCAUGAUCUGGCACAGGCACCUCACGGGCGGAGACUAUGGCUUCUCAGUCAUCCAGGACCUACCUUAGACGCAUUUGUAGGAGGCAGACAGACUACUCUGAGGCUGAGGAUGAGCUAGAGCCUGAGCCAUAGACUUGUUUUUGUUUACAGUUAUAUAUAUGUUUGGGAACAUUUGAUGUCAUGGAUUUUAUAUACAUUUGACAACAUUUAUAACUCUAUAUAUCUAUGUUUUCUAUUUCCUUCAGCUACAAUUUACAUUUCUAUGCAUGUGAUGGAUGUAUGUUUAU